GUAAUUUGUAAAGCUUUUUGUUUCAAGGUCACUUGUGUAGUCCCUAUAAUUCUAUUCUCCAUGUUUUGGGAAGCUUUUGCAGCAUCUUCACGCAUAGAUGAACUACUAUCAGGACCUGAUCUUACAAUCAAAGAACUUUUAGAUGAUGAUGAUUUGUUACAGAAAUGUCGUGAAAAAGACCAACGUCUAAUUGAUUUUUUGUCACGACCAGAUAAUUUGGAUUAUUUAUUAGAUCUGGUUAGUCGUACACCAGUGUCUAAUGUGUUUGAUCAUAAUUUGUAUAGAUAUCCUAGUUUAGCGUGUGAAAUUUUAACCAAUGAUAUUGAUGAAAUACUAGAUGGAAUUAUUGAAUCACAAUCAAUAAUCGAUGAUAAACCAGUGGAGAAUUCAUUUUCUCAUCAGCAUCAUCAUAAUAAUAAUGUUGAUGGAGAUGACAGCGGGAAUAAUAAUAUUAUGGAGUCGACUGGCAUAUCUUCAUCAUCGCCAUCAACAGCAGCAGCAAUGUUUCAUGAAAAUGAUAAAAGUGUUAAUAUGUCGGUGAUUAGUAAUCACGAUGACAAUGUAAAUAAUUCAACAAUGGAAUUAUGUAAUUUAACUUCAACAGAUGAUAAUGAUACUACUACUAAUAAUAAUCGUAGUAGUAGUAAUGAUGUCAAUAAUUUGUCCACUUCAAUGUCUUUUACUGAUGAAUCUAGUUUAAACAAUUCCUCGUCUUCUUCGUAUUCUUCUUCGUCAACUGCUACUACCAAUACCAUUGUAAAUAAUAAUACUGAAGAUAAAUCGAUCAAUAAUAAUACCUUAGAUCAUCAUGUAAAUACAUUGAAUUCAUCAACGGAUAUCUUAUCCUCAUCGAGUGUAUUCAAUGGUGAGAUGAAGACGCCAUCACCACCAGCGACAACGAAAACGAUGGAUGUCGCGGCUACAAUGUCCAUGAAGGCAACAUCUUCGGGAAUACAUCGUCCACGUUUAGAUAAACUCAUUCAAUUUUUUAAUUCAAAUCAAUCGGUGAAUCCAUUAUCAGCUAGUUUUGUUUCACGACUGUUAAUUCACUUGACGUUAUAUCGUGGAAGUGUUGUUAUUCCAUACUUACGAUCAUCACAAGAUUUUCUCAACAAAGUAUUCUCAUGCUUGGAAUCAUGCGCUGUAGCUGAUCUGAUCAUUCAGUUAGCUCAACAAGAAACGAAACAACAAUGCAUUGUCUUUGAAUGGUUUAAAACUGAUCGUGUUGUGGAACGUUUAAUUGAAAAAUUCGAUCCUGUCUAUUCAUUUGAGAUGCAUGAGUCAGCAGCGCAUUGUUUAAUCGAAUUGAUCACUGUUCUACGGAAUUAUUUAAUCAAUAAUCCUUUGAAUGCUGAGCGAGUGAAUUUCAGUCUUGGCACCAGUAAUGCCACUACUCCUAAUGGUGUUGGCAGUAGUGAUGACCUGUUAGCUGAUUCAACAACGACAAACCCAAAAGCAACAAAUAAUCCUAAUUACUUUAAUAAUAAUAAUACUACUCAAUUGACUAGUAGUAUAUCUGGAUUACCUGUAAAUAGUUCAUACAGCACUCAUCUAUUCGAUGAUUUUAUGGAUGGUGAUGAUGAUGCGACGUAUAAAGCAGCUGAGAAUUUAUUAAAUACUUUAGAAAGUGAAGAAACAAUGUCAAUGCUGUUGAAUCGUAUAUUAUCCAAUGAACAACAGAUAGUGACGUCAUCGAUAGUCGUAAAUUGUGUGAAUGUAUUUAUGGCUGUUAUGGAUAAGAGAAAACCUGAGUCUGGUUUUCCUGUUGAAGGUGGCGGUGGUGCCGGUGGUGAGAAUGCUGAAAUCGGAUCAAUUGGUUUUGGUAUACCAGGCCCUAUUAAUAAUGAUAUAAGCUGCACCAACAAGAAAACAACAACAAACACUCCAAAUGAUUCCGCGGUAAUGAUGACAAAUGGUGAUGAUGAUGUUGGCAAUAAAUCAUCCAAUGACUGUGAUACUUCAUCAAUCAAUAACCGACAACAGCAACAACAACAACAACCCAUAGAUAAACAGCAUAUAUUAAAGGCUUGUGAAAAUUUAUCCAAAGCAUGUUUAUCUCGCUUGAGUGAAUUGCAUAAAUUACUGAAAACAUUUCAUCCGCAAUUCUAUAAUUCUAUGUCAACAACAAAUGGCAUCUUGAAUCCACCACUUGGUCGUUGUCGGUUGGCUGUUGUCCAGUUGAUCGCUGCACUCACCUCUUUACCGAUGAAUAUACAAUUAAUUAAAGCGAUUGUUGCUAAUGGUUUUGUCAAAACAUUAAUGGAGUUAUUUGAACAAUAUCCAUCGAAUACCUUUCUACAUCAUAGUGUUGUCGAUGUGCUGACAUCCUUGUUCAAGCAUUCAGGAAUAACGAGCACAAUAAAGACGACAACAACAGCCACUAAUGGAGGUAAUGGAAAUGCCAGUGAUACCUCUAAUCCAAAUUCCUCUACAACAAACAAAACCAAUCAAAUUGACGACAAUCAAACCCCAUCAUCGACUACUCCUGAUUCAUCCUUCUUCUUCUUCUUCACCAUCUGUUGUUCAACAGAUCCUGCCAAAGAUGUUAACUGUACAAGUGAUUCUCAUCAAGUUACAACAACUACUACUGCCCCUGUUAUGACGAAUACUACUCAUUUCGAUGAAUUCAAUAGUAUAUUAAUUAGUCUCAUAAAAGAUCAUCAUAUUAUUGAUUGGUGUUUACGAUUAUCUCCGUUGCCGGCUAAAAAUGAUCGGCCAAGUGUUCCUUAUUCACCGAAUUCUUCUUUAGUCCGAUUAUCUAAAAGCAAACCAAAACCUGGUUAUGCUGGACAUAUCUGGCAGAUAGCCAAUCUGAUUGAUUCAGCUAUGAAUAAUAAUAGUAAUAAUGGUUCAAGAGGAGAAUUUGUAAAAAGCAUCUUUCAAGAUUUAGAUUCAAAAGUCAAAGAUGCUUGGUCAGAAUUUGUAAAAGAAGAUCUUAGCGUGAUUAAUUCAAUGCAAGUUGUUGAGGAUUUAAGCGAAAGUAGCUCUAUCAGUCAAGAGGGAGGCCUGCUCCGAUUAAUUACACAAUAUAAUUUAAAUAAAUUGCUCUCGAAUUCAUCAGAUUUACUCAGUUUGGCUGCUGGCGGUUUAAAUCUAUCCAAAACCCCAUUUGUUCUCGCACCAAUAUCUUCAUUAAAUCUAAUGCAGCAUAAAUUAUCCGAUUUAAAUGGUGAUAUCAGAGGCAGCAUAGCAGUAGCACCAACAGAGCCAAAACAAAAACAACGAAAACAGUUAGAUAAUCAAUCCCCGUUUACACUGCUUCCAAUUCAACCAUCUUCUGAUAUCCUUAUCACUGAGCGAAAUAGUGUUGGCGGUGGUGUUUCAUCCUGCAGUCUAUCUGAUUUAUGGCUAGAUCCUGAUGAUAUGGAAGUCGAUGGUGAUGGUAGGGGGGAGCAAAGCGAACAAAGUGACCAACCAGCCGCCAGUACUCUGCAUCGAUUCACUUCAAAGUCUUUCAGACAGAUUAAUUUGUGUGUUAAAAACGACGACAAUGAUGACGAGGAGGCAACAGGGAAUGAUGAUGGUGAUGAUCUUGAAACAACCUCGAAAGUGAAUCAUCAUAGGAGUCUUCGUCAUCGUCGCAGUAGUAGUGGCAGUGAUCCUAUGAGUGAUGAUGAGGGUUGUGAAGAAGAGAAAACUCAUGAUGUCGAGGAUGAAGGUGAAGUUGACGAUGAAAAUGUCGAUGUUGAUGAUGAAGACGAAGAGGAGGAGGAUUUGAAGUCACCAAUUCAAAUUAAACAACAACAUUCCAGUAAACUGACCAAUAGCAGCUAUUUACCAUCAGGUAUACUGUUGAAGGGUAAUCCACUUCUUAAAGGGAAUGAAGAAUUCUGUGACUUUGAUAUUUUACGUAAACCGAUUGAAGAAUUGAAGAUUUCAGAAAGUAUUAAACAGAUUUCCAAUACAAAAAUAGAUAGUAAUCCUUGGAGUGAUGAAACCAAUCAAUCGACCGGGACAGAUGAUGAAUGGGCUGAUUUUAAGAAAGCUAACCCACUUGCUUCAAUGACCACCAGUCAUCAAUCAGAUUCAAAUGAAUCCUCUUGUAAAUGGGCUAAUUUCGAUAAUAUUUCUUCAGACAAUAAGAACAAUAAUAAUAAUAAUAAUAAUUCUGAAGUUGCAUACCCUGGAACUUUGAAUGGGAUUACACGAGGUGAAUUGACAACAGGAUCAACUAAUACUGUCAUCAUAACGACAACGACAACAACAACAACAACAACGCCGAUGGUGACACCUUCAACCGAGACUACCACUACUACUACUACUCAUACUACUGAUAAUAUAGUUAGUAGUGAUAAUAGUAUAUCUACUACAAAGUGUAGCACUUAUCAUCUCCUGUUGAAAAGCCAUUGCAAAGCAAAUCCAAUGAAACCGCCGCAUCUUUGCCUGUCAAAACUAGUAGUAGUAGUACUGCCACGUCGACGCCAACUACUCAGUCACCAUCUGUUCUACCUUCUCUUUUCAAUGCAAAUAUCUUCCAAAAAUGAACAAAAUACGCACAUGUACUACAUAUAA